CUACUCAAAGUGAAAAAACAGAUGGAAGCAUAAAAUCCGGGAAAGCUUGCAGCUUUGAUCAAUUUUUUAUCCUAUACAGCGUUUAUUAUCUUGGGUGCAUUUGUGGUUGAUUCGUAUUUAAUCACUGAGCUGCUAAAGAUUUUUCUAAUUGCAAAAGCUUAGGCUACGAAAUCAAGAAACGCAAUUUAAGUUCUCAAUUUAUCUUUGCCACAGACUUUACUUUUAGGGCACACUGGCGGUCUGUAGCUUGUGGGGAAGAUGAGCUCCGAGGAAGGGAAAACCGCGUGGAGUGUAUUUGAUGGAAUCAAGAAAAUCCCACCAACUCCGGAAGCUCUCAUGGCAGAGAUUGACACAGCCAUUACUAAUUUGGAAUACGCCCGUGCCACUGCGCUCCUUGACCCUCAAUCUCAAUCUCCAACCCACUCAAGGACUAAAAGUCUCAAUGGGAGUUCAGCUUCUCGAUAUGAUGCGCGGAUGGCAGAUGAGGCUUACAGAGCAGGAUGUGCAGCGUUAGCUGCAGGGAAGCUUGAUGAGGCUUUUCAGUCUUUGAAUAUUUCACUUUCGAAAUGUCCUCCUGAUAAGACCUCUGCUGUUGCCAAGCUUCAGUCUCUUAUUUCUCUAACAGCACAGCAACUCCAGAAAUUGCCCGGUUGACUUGGUAGUGGAAGUGGUAUGUUUAAUCCUUUUUGUGGUGUACUUGCACAUCUUAGCUUUAAUUGAUGAUUACUUAAUGCAGUAAACAUGUUUCUUUAAACUGUAAAUACUGUACGUAAUUAAUAGCCUUUGUUUUUUUAACUCUUUAGUCUCUAAUUUAAUUUAUAAUGCUGAUUCUCA